CGGCUGCACUACACACCGACAGAAGGAAACCCUCAAGAAACUCCUUUUCUCUCUCACCCCUUAAUCAUAUUUCUCGGCUUAUAUUUCACCGCCAGAGUUUUCAAAAUUCCAUCACAUCAAACCAUACAGCCUUUCCCUAUCUAAAAGCGACAGCAAGAAGAAGAUUAAUAGCAUCCAAGACUGAACACCUGAUAUGGGCAAUUGCGUGUUCAGAGGAUUUAGAGAAGUUGAAGAAAUGGUAAGAGUGGUAACAUCCAGUGGCGGCAUCAUGGAGCUAUUCGCACCCAUCACCGCAGAGUGCAUAACCAACGAGUUUCCAGGCCAUGCCAUUUACCGCACACGUCACUUGUUCUCUCAACCUCUCCUUCACAACGAAGAGCUCCAUGCAGGCGAGCUCUACUAUCUCCUCCCUUGCACCGACAGCUUCGCAAAACAAAACGAUCAAAACAACAAUGUUGAACACGUCGACGGCAAAAGUAACAAUAAAAAAUCUACUUCCAUCCACGAAUACUCUAUAUCGCAUGUCGUUUGAUCAGCAGAGGGUGUUGAAGAGAAGCGACUCAGAGGUUUUGCCUAGGUAUAAUAGCAGUGGACUGUGGAAGGUGAAGCUUGUGAUAAGCCCAGACCAGUUGGCAGAAAUCCUGGCGCAGGAGGCUCGAACGGAGGCGUUGAUAGAGAGCGUGAGGACGGUGGCUAAGUGUGGAAAUGGGGUGUCAUCGGUGGCUAAUUCUGAUCAAUGGAGUACAGUUUCUAGUAGUUGGAAAGGAUCCUCGGAAACAUAUGCUGAAGAUAGAUGGUGACUUCAUUGUUAGUGUAGAAAAAGAUAGUAAUAUUUGGAUUCUGAUAUUUGAUGUUUCUUUAGCAAGUAUUUGUUUUAGAUUGUAGAAUAUCUAGUGGUGUUAUUACUGGUAUUUUAUCCUGGAAGUGAAACGUGACAAGUUUAAAUGGCUGGAGAACAUGAUUUUUCUUGGUUAAUUCCAUAAUCUUGUGAUAUUAUAUUAUAUUAAGGAUGUUCAUUUUCUGAUGGUCUCUUGUGGAUUCACGUGUAUGGUUAAUUACUAGUGUUAGCUUUUUAUUUUCAAGAAUAAAAUUACAUGAACAAAU